GUCACAGCUACCAGGAAGAGACUUGUUAACAGACAGAUGACUUUGCGCUACUUUGUAGUUACUUUGGCCACAUUGUUGCCAUGGAAACUCUGAUGCAAUUUUUGUCUUUAUGAUGGAGCCAGACGCGUAUGUAGCUGCUAUAAUGGGACCAUGUGUGCAAGUGAAGGACAACCUCGAUUCAGGACUCAGACAGACAGUUAAAUACUAGACACAUACUGUCAUCAGAAUGAUCAGACACACGUCGCGGGCGGCCAGACGUGCCCUCUCUCCCGGCCUGCUCUGCUUCUCGGACACUUCCGGUGGAGAAAUAAUUGAAGAUGUGUUUGAGUGGACAGACUCUCCACGUCUCACGAAGCAGGCGUCUCUCUACGUACACUGGCCUUACUGUCUCAGAAGAUGCUCCUACUGCAACUUUAACAAGUAUAUACCCAGAGAGAACAAUGGCCACAUAAUGACUGAGUGCCUUCAGCGGGAGACUGAGACAUUGCUGCAGCUCAGUCAGGUAUCUUGCAUUACCUCAGUAUUUUUUGGUGGUGGGACCCCAAGCCUGGCUCACCCCUCAACCAUUGCUGCAGUCCUGGAAACUGUUUCCAGGCAGGCGAAUCUCUCAGAUAAGGCCGAGGUCACACUUGAGGUCAACCCUACUCCUGUGGGAAUGUCAAAGUUAGAGGACUAUUGCUGUGCUGGGGUGAACCGUUUCUCCAUUGGGGUCCAGUCUUUGCAGAAUGAGGAUUUGAAAAUUCUGGGGAGAGACCACAGUUCUCAUCAGGCCUUGCAAACUAUUGAAGAGGCCAGGAGGUUGUGCCCCGGGAGGGUGUCGGUGGAUGUCAUGUUCGGACGGCCCAAACAGAGCGUUGACUCCUGGGAGAAUGAGUUGUCUGAGCUGUUGGGGGUGUGCGAUGACCACGUGUCUCUGUACCAGCUGACCUUGGAGCGGGGCACCCAGCUGUUCAAACAGGUGCUACGAGGAGAAGUGUCUGUGCCCGCUGAAGAUGUGUCAGCAGAGAUGUACCAGUGUGCCAGGAGGACUCUCCACCAGCAUGGCUUUCUGCAGUACGAGGUGUCUAACUUUGCAAGACGUAACGCAGUGAGUCAUCACAAUAUGAGCUACUGGAAGGGAAGACAGUACAUCGGUGUCGGCCCAGGAGCUCACGGCCGGUUUGUUCUUCCGGGGGAGGGAGGUGUGGCUCGGGAGGCCCGGACCCAGACUCUAGAGCCUGACAUCUGGAUCUGUGAAGUCCAACAGAGGGGACAUGGGACACGGAGGCGGAUUCAACUCAGCCAUCUUGAACUAUUGGAGGAGGUGCUGGUGAUGGGAAUGAGAAUGACCGAGGGCAUUAAUCACAAGCACUGGGAGUUGUUUAGCCCUCAACUGGGCCUCCAUGAAGUCUUUGGUAUGUCCACCGAUGUCCAAGAGUUGCUACAAAGUGGACGACUCAUUCUUGAUGACAGAGGUCUGCGCUGCUCCUGGGAUGGACUGGCCUUACUGGACAGCAUACUGCCAGCUCUACUGGUGGAGCUAGAAAGACAAAUCAGUCAGAGGCUACAAAGUUUAUCUGUCAUGGUAACUCAAACCACCACAAACUGAUCAGUGACAGUCCCUUAUCUUACUGGUUAUAGAGAAAUGAAACAGGCCCCACAGGCUUUUCUAUUAUACUGACCGUGUAUCAUACUGUAACAAUCGCCAUCACUCUGGUUUGGACGAGACUGCCAUUUUAGCAAGAAAAGCCUUGCAGACAUGGCAUUUAAUAUAUUCUCAGACUUGAUUAAUUUGACCACAUACAAUAGCUGCAUGUGCAAGGUCUUUUCACAUAUCAUACUGUAGAUAGAAAUUAAUAUUAAUUUCCUGGCCAACUCUCCCUGGGUUCCUCUGUACAUCCUUAUAAAAAGGUUCAAUGUUCUUUAAAUAGACUCAAUUUCUCUGUUGGAACACAAAUGUAUUAAUUAAUCCUUAUAAAUGGGUAGAUUGGAGAAAAUUCUGGAAGUGCUUUGUUUUACGGGUCUGUAAUUUCCUAAUUAUUUCCUUGUAAUUUCCCUGGGAAGAUCUAUGUAAUGUUUUACUAAGUACAGAGAAAGUAGAGACAAUGUUCAGUUGAGUCUUUUAGUCAUUAAACAGCUACAACAAUACAACUUACCGUUCAAUGAAGAAUACAGUUCACAAUAGCAAAUGUGUAAUACAUUUUAACGGAGCAUAUAUUUGAAGAAAUUCGUCUGGGAAUGUACCACUGCUUAUAAACUCAACAAACUAAACUUAGUAGGGAGUAUAGGGAAAGACAUAGAGAUCUAUAGACAUAGUUCUUUCCAGGAAACUUCCAUAUUAGGCUUUUAUUAAAGAAAUUAUGGACCAUAAAAUCUAGUGUUAGCACAUUUUUCUCCUCCUCCUUUUAUGUGGAUUCAUUCGUUGUUAACUGCUGUUAUUCAAGAAGAUUUACAGACCCAUUCAGCAACACUUCAAUCAAACUCACUCCACAAAUCAAUAUAAUAGAUAUUGCAGGAGAGGAAAUGAUAAACACCAAUGGUGUAUGCCCUGUCACUUUCUAGUAAGGACUAUUACUUUUUACAAGUGCUGUUACAGCCACAGAAGAUUCAUAAACAUAGAUUGAUCUCGUCAGUUCAAUAGUGCUUUUACUAGUGAAAGGACAUGCAGGUGUUUGCUGUCUCAUUAUGGAUAAAUGGAUGAAUGAACUGAUGGACAGAGUGUCUAGAUAAUUGCCCAAAAUCCACUGGAGGUGUGAAAUGUGAGCACUAAUGAAUUGUGUUUAUUCUCUUCUCUUACAAUAGUCAUUUGGUAUGUUUUCAGUUUUAUUGUGGCCUGUUUCUUUUAUUUAUUUAUUAUGUUCAUAUAACCACCACACUGUGUUCCCUAACGGACGUCACUUGAAAAUACGUGACUGCACAGCCUGACAUAACUGUGCGUUUGGGAUUUUUGUUAUUCAUGAGGCCAGUCGUUUUUUUUUCUGCAGUGAUCACGACAUGCUGUCAGUGUUAAGACUGAGAAACAGCUCACUCUCUGCUCUAAGAUUCAUGAAGCCUCAUGAUGAGUCCUCUGCAGUAACACCAGCUUCAGCAAUCUGAUUUUAUUUUCCACUGUAUAAGACUGAACUGAACAUUUGUACUUCAUUUCAGCAGCCAGAACAUACUGAAUAACUGGCCUUUUCUCCAUCAAUCCAUCCUUUUCACAAACCAAGGACACUCGUAAUGGACAGCCCACAUAAUAAUUUCUUCCUGGAGACCUGAAGAAUGGGUUGGAUACGGUGUAUUUACUAGUGACAGGAUAUAAAUGGAACCUCUACUCAGCCACAGAGCAACAGUGAGAGCUGAGUUUAAUGUAAGCUCUCUCCAUGGUGCUGAUUUCACACAGUUCAGUAUGUCUCUCUCCUCUCGCCCACCUCUCCCUCUUUAAUAAAUGACGCUCGGACUCUU